CCACAUCGCUGUCCGGCACUAGAGUGCACCACGCUGCAGUGGCAAAGAUCGGCGUGGGGAUCUGGGUGCAACAUGUCGGCGUGGGGGAGCCCACUGCACCUGCCUGAUUAGGCUCUUGAGAGGAGUAGGAAAUGGCAUCGAGAGGUGGGCAUCAAACUCGACAGACGACGGCGACGACGACGCCCUCGCAACGAGCUAGAUUCAAAUGCACUGUCUUUCUCGUUGAGUCCUGGAUUGAGACGGGCUGCUUCAAGGGGUGCACUGUCCGAUCCAUUCCGUCUGUUCACUUAGCUAUCGAGCAGCCAUACUCGCACUGACCAUGUCUGCUCUCCUAGUUGCAUCGCCGCCACUUGACGUCCGGCGCCGUACAGCGUUGGUGACCGGCUCGUCGAGUGGCAUCGGCAUUGGAAUCGCGCGGCAGCUCGCUGCGCAGGGAUUCGACGUGGGUCUGACGCGCAUGCCUCGCGAGUCGGAGAGCGCAUCCGCCGCGCUGCAAAAGGAGUUGCAGAGAGCUUACGGCGUUCGAGCGCACGUGUUCGUCACAGAUCUCUCGGAUCCACCGCGCGCAGCGCCCACACUGAUCGAUGAAUUCAUGCAUGAGUUUGGACGCAUCGAUGUGCUGGUCAAUAAUGCAGGCUUUGAUGCGCACUCGGGGACGCUGAUCAAGGACAUGGGGGAAUCAUCGAGCGAUGCAACCGGCGGCGCGGAGGAGAUUUCAGCCAACAUACGCUCUGGGUUUGCGACGAACUUCGAAUCGCCCUUCUUGCUCAGCUGGGCAGCAGUGCGGCGCAUGCUCACGCAGCCAGCGCCGGAAACGCGCGAGCCGGAUGCCGCAAACACAUCGCCGGAGGAGAACUUCUAUACGCACCAAUGGGGCAGAGGGCGCAUUGUCAACAUCACCUCGGUGCAUGCCACGACGCCGCUGCCGCUAUCGACGAUCUACACGUGCACGAAGCACGCGCUGCGCGGCUUGACGAUUCAGUUGGCGACUGAGCUAGCCCCGCUUGGCAUCACUGCCAAUGCCGUCGGGCCGGGUAUGAUCGCCACACCCAUGACGAACAUCCGACCUGAGGAAGUGGAGAGCGCCAAACGGGAAGUGAAGCAGAUCCCUAUCCCCCGAGCUGGGAGGCCGUUCGAGGUGGCCGGCGCUGUGGGAUACCUGGUGACGCUGGGUGCGCGGUACACGACGGGACAGUCGAUCUACCCGGACGGAGGGUUUAUGCUUGCCAACCCGCAGUGCAUUCUAUGCCCUUUUGCCCGCCCUAUGAGUUGCCGGGGGCCAUGUGUGCUAACACAUUACAUGCCUUCUUGCGUCAUUUUAUCGGCAGGUACAUGGGGAGACUUGAGCCAGGGGCCUGAACGACCUGAUACGACCGAAUCGACCGCACACAUGACGCACAAUUGAAUCACGUCCGGU